UUGGUGCUGAAGAAUCCUGUGUCUAGAAUUAAUAAAAUUGUUUGUUUCGGAGAUGCUGCUGUAGGGUGAAAAGAAGAAAUCUUGUUGCUCGGAUACGUGUGGGAUAAGAGCGAGGGCGAAAUUGAUUGCUGCCUAGUGAAGAAAGUGUACACAGUUUGUGCGAGUCUUGAAUUGAGCAGAGUAACGUGGUUAAGUAAAGUUUUGAGUAGAUAACUCUGCAAAAGGUAUCUUCAGUGUCAUGGAAAUUGAAUUGGAAUAAUUGGAAUUCUGCGAUUGAAUAGGAAUCGAUAUCAAGAAAAUUUAAUCAUAAGUAACUCAAAAUGAAACCACCGCUGUUGACAUUUUCUUCCCUCCUGCUACUACUAUCAACGACGGUAGGCCGGAUUCAGUCCUAUCUUCCCGAUACGACCAACCUGAUGACGGAACAGUACGAGUACAAAUGCUUCCCAGCGCACAUGAAAGUAAACCUACUACCACGCUUUGCCUCACGCAACCAAAACGACUCGAUAGCGAUUCAAGUCAGCCGGCGCUACACCCAUCAGAUCAUCUCGCGGAUUUACAGCAUCUUUCUGCGGGAGAUUCUCGGCUACCGAAACGUGAAACUGGUGGGUCUAUACGAACGUCCACACGACAUCGAACGGGAACGGUUGUUUGUCACGCUGGAGAAUCUUGUGUCAGACGGCACCAACUGGCCGGAGCCGACCAUCGAUUUGGAAGUGUGGAUGCUCUCCGAUUAUCACAUAAUUCCGCCGGAAAUCGAAGAAGCCGGCUCCAUAACCAACCCGGGUCGAUUCGGAUUGUUCAUUCCGAAGCCAUUGAUCCGGAAGGAGGAUGUCUUCCCGAAGCUGUACCCGUACACGAUGUUCCAGGAGGACCUGAACGACCGACAGUAUUAUGAGCUGAUAAAGAAAUUCGACGUGGCGGAUGGGGUGCUGGAUGUGCUGAAGGGUUGGGCGGAGAAGAGGUGCGAAAAUAAUUGCAACCAGGAUGGGAUGUACGUGCCGGAACAGUGCGCCGAAGGGAAGAAGUGUGCCCUUGUGGUGGCUCCUCAUUACGAGGAUACGAAAUUUAUCGUCAAACACAUUACGGAGCUAAAGUUUCAGCUAAAGGUCAUAUGGUUGGGUGGAAAAAUUAAGCUCGGCAUCAGACAUCUGAUGGGCGUCUACGGGAACGAUAGGAAGGGUUCGAAAAAGUUUCUCGUGUUACACUGGACACCGUCGGAGGUAAUCGAUAGUAAAACGAUGGAAUACGUCUCGGUGACAAUGCCGAGAUGUGAAGACAUCGUCGUUAGUAACAACACCGGCUGCAAGUAUGAGCUAACACCGCUGCUGAAGUACCACGCUCACGAGUUCGAGUCGUCCCAGCAUGCUCUCCAGUCACUGCUGCGGGUUUAUUUUGAUACGACAGGCAUACAGGCACUAAUCGAUUUGUAUGACAAAUACGAAACCGAGAUCCUGCAGGCACGCGAUGAAACAAAUUUGGACUACGACGAACAUGCGGUGUCGAGAUAUUACAACCAAAUAGCAUGCGAAUGGCUGGAGGCGAAUGAACCCGCCUGGCACAAGUGGAAACCUAUGGGAGAGGAGAAGGAGGAAAUUUAUAUUGGCGGAAUUUUCCCCCUGUCGGGACUGGGACGAGCCUAUCUGGGGAUAAUGCCCGCAGCAAUCAUGGCUCAAGAUGCGAUUAAUAACAACGACACCAUACUACCAAAUCAUAAACUCAUCAUUCUGAAGAGCGACGGUCAGUGCCGUGCUGACAAGGUUAUGAAAAACUUCAUCAAUUACUACAUUAUGCAAGAGCGAAUGAUUGGUGUCCUGGGACCGGCGUGCAGUGACACAGUCGAACCGAUUGCAGGUGUCUCCAAGCACUUUCGGAUGGCCGUGAUUUCCUACUCCGCCGAGGGAGCAUUCCUAUCGGAUCGGGAAACGUAUCCGUACUUUUUCCGUACAAUCGGCGAGAACCGGGAGUACGAACAUGUGUACGUACGGCUGUUGCAUCAGCUCAACUGGAAUCGCGUUGCUGCCCUGACCGAGGAUGGACAAAAAUCCACCGAGUACAUUUCGCACAUGGAGACGUUGCUGAAGGAGAACCACAUCGAACUGAUAUCGAAUAAAAAGUUCCCCCGCGACCGAGGGGAAACCGAAAUGAAACGGUACCUGUUGGCUUUGAAAGCAAAGAACGCCCGGAUCAUCAUUGCUGACGUCGACGACAAGGUGGCACAAGUGAUCAUGUGCGAAGCCUAUAAGCUCGAGAUGACGGCAGAGAACGGCUACGUCUGGUUCCUGCCGGUGUGGCUGACCAAUCUGUGGAAUCUCAGCAACGACAGUCCCAUCCGGUCGAUGGUCCAAUGUACCCGGCAGGAGAUGCUCAAAGCCAUCAACGGUCACUUUUCGCUGGCCCAUUCCCCCUUUGCCGAUAGCCACAGGGGUCUGGAUACGGCCGCCAAUGGCACCGUUGGCAAGUGGAUGUCGCAGUACCGGGAAACUCUCCGCCAGCAUGAUCUGAUCGAAUCGGAUUACGCCGGGUAUGCUUACGAUGCCGUUUGGGUUUACGCACUGGCAUUGAACCGGUUGAUUCGAGAGGAUCCUUCCUAUCUGAGUGAUCUACAUUCGAUUAAAACUACGAAGCGGUUGAUGGAGGUAAUACGAGCAACGGACUUCCAAGGGGUAUCCGGGAGAAUUAGGUUCGGCGAUGAAGGAUCAAGAUACACCAUCAUCAAUGUGCUUCAGUGGAUCAACGGGACGCCGAACAUGGUGGGGCAGUUUACUCCGAACAUUUCCGAAAGUGAGUACCAGCUGGUCGGAGGGACGCUCUCUUUGAACCAGUCGGCAAUCGUUUGGAUGACCAGGGAUGGUAAAAUUCCGGAAGAUGGAGCACUGGAUUGUACUCUGAGUGGGCUGGCAAGGUUUUUCGGAAUGGAUUGUGACGGUGCAGUGUACGUCUUCAUCGGGUGCAUGUGCGUAGUUACGAUUGCAAUCAUUUCGCUGGCUUCGUUCUGCUAUUUCCAAGUUCGAUAUGAUCGGAAGAUGAAACAUUCGGCGAAAUAUUUGCAAAAGUUCGGAAUCGAUUUGCUGUCGCCAUCGUCGAUUCCGGUGAAUACGUUGGACAAGUGGGAGGUAGCGAAGGAUCGGGUGGUGAUCAACCGAAGGCUAGGCGAAGGAGCAUUCGGAACUGUCUAUGGUGGUGAGGCACAGAUCGGAGACGAAGGUUGGACCGCUGUGGCUGUUAAGACGCUGAAGAUUGGAUCAACUACGGAAGACAAGGUAGAUUUCCUUUCGGAAGCGGAAGCCAUGAAACGAUUCGAUCAUAACAACAUCGUGAAGCUGUUGGGAGUCUGCCUGCAGACGGAGCCAGUGUAUACGAUCAUGGAAUUCAUGCUGUACGGUGAUCUGAAAACGUAUCUGCUUGCCCGUCGUCAUUUGGUGAAUAAUAAGCCUUCGGAGGACUCGGAUGUAUCUCCCAAACGGUUAACCAUGAUGGCCCUGGAUGUCUCACGAGCUCUGUCGUAUCUUGCUGAACAAAAAUACGUACAUCGGGACCUGGCCUGUCGCAAUUGUAUGGUAAACGCUCAAAGGGUAGUCAAACUGGGCGAUUUCGGUAUGGCACGUCCAACUUUUGAAAACGAUUACUACCGCUUCAAUCGGAAAGGUAUGCUCCCAGUUCGGUGGAUGUCUCCUGAAUCGCUGGCACUGGGAAUAUUCACUCCAGCAUCGGAUGUUUGGUCCUAUGGAGUAUUGCUGUAUGAAAUAAUCACAUUUGGAUCAUUCCCGUACCAAGGAAUGACCAACAACCAGGUUCUCGAUCAUGUAAAGGACGGAAAUUGUUUAACGAUUCCGACAGGUGUCAAACCGCAGUUGGAAGGACUUAUGAAAGCAUGUUGGAAUCAAGAUUACAAGAAACGACCCAUGGCAUCAGAAGUGUCGGAAUUUAUCUCGAACUACCCGAGACUUUUGAGCCCUUGCUUGGAUGUCCCGCUGGCUUCGGUUCAGAUGGCCGAAACUGACAGUGAUCAAUUUGAACUGCUACCAGGAUUACGAAAACGAAAAGAUGAACCAACUGCGGACCUGCUGAUGGGCACCUCCCAAAUGAAUGACCUCAAUCAAACGACUACCGGAUACACCAAAAUGAACAUGCGACGUGGAAUUAACCUAAACGACCUCAACGUCGAUACUGAUUUUCGAAGUAAUACACUGCCAAAUGGUGAAACCUCAGGCAUCACCAACGGGGGCAUAACCCUGAAUGUCUACAAUCCCAUUGAACCGCUGCUACAACGUGAACCGGACAUAUCCCGAAGCAGCAACAAUCUUCUACGCUAUGUGCCCAUGUUCGGUCUCGGACGGAACAAGGCUCCUGUACUGAUAACUCACACCAACGGAUCCGUCACCAUCGGCAACCGAAGCACUAGUACUAGUGUGUUAUAGCAUAUGGAAAUAGCGGAAAGCACUGCCGGGAUGCCACCUGUCGUCAAACCAAAGGAGACUCCACAGGAGUCUGAAUCAAAGUAAUGUUAUUUUCAUUCGGUAAGCGAAGUGGAAAGAACUUUAUUAACUUUUGUAUUAGAAAAAAAAACUAAUCGACUUUUAUCGAACAGAUCAUUGAAUUUUGCCGAAAAUUAUUGAAUAAUUUUUAAACUAAGUGAACUCUGUAUAAAACACAAAUCGAAUACUGCAGUACAAAUAUCAUGCCGUCCAAGAGGAUUGGAAAACCGUGCGACAGCAGACAGUACGGAUCACUCAAAGUAUUUCUUACCUCUAGAUCAAAAAAUGCAACAAUGCAACUGUCUGAUGAUGCGGUUUUCCAAACUCUGCAUGCCAAAAUAGCAAAUUAACAGUUUUCCAUAGACAAAUGCAGUUUGAAACUGAAGCCAAAUAGAGCAUACAUUAUUGUAGACACAUUUGCAUACACAAAAAUCUAUCAUCAAAACUUAAUAUUCUAACUAAAAGACAUUUCAUCUUGAUUGCAUUAGUUUUAAUUGUAGCAACAACAACAACAACUACAACAACGGAAAUGAUCUGAUGAAACCGAGAUUAUAAAUAUCUAUUCGAAACAAUAAAUUAUACAUAGCAUAAUUAGCAAAAGAUUUAACUAACUAGUCGGCUACAGCAAACGUAGCAAUGCAAAGAUAGCUCUCAUGCGUAUCUUCCAAUUAGGUACCUUUGUAAUGCAAUAAGACAACUCUUAACAAUAGUCAAUCAGCCUAGGUAGAAAAAAAACAGCACCAAGCAAAGCCAAUACCUCGAUCGCAGCGGGUUACUAGAGAUGAUUGUAUGAACUUUAUACCACGAAGCCUCAGAGAAGCAUUUUUCUUCAUCGCACCAUUAAAUCGAUAAUAAAUCUAAGACCAACACAAGACUGAUUAGCACCUAAGAGAAGUAGGACGCCUGAAAAUCUUGGAGGUGAUUUGAAACAGUUAGUUCUCGUCACACCGUACACAUUGUUGACUAUAUGAUACAAGCAUAAUUGCAAUUUAUCGAGUGUGGUACUGUUGCACAUGUUAUCCAUGGCCUCUCCGGCUGUGAGAAAAUUCUCUACAUAUUUAAUAGUAUGAUAGUAAAUUUCGCUAACUCAAAUUAUUCGUAUUUUAUUUCUAUUGUAGUAGUUUUAACAAAUUUGUAUCAAUCAUCCGUUUGCAACUAGUUCUAUUCGCA